AUGCGGCGCCCGAAGCGCAUGCUCGACACGAUCCACCCCUACAUCCGCGAGGCCUGGGACACGAAGGGCCGCGUCGACCCCGAGGAUUGGCAGCGGGCCCUGGACAAAGCGGAGCUCACGCCGAAGAAGGACGUCGCGGCGGAGAAGGCCAAGGCCCGCGCCGCGCGGAACGAGGUCGCGCGCGUGUCCCAGGCCGCGCCCGACGACGACGACUACGCGGGCCAGUGCGCCGACUUCUCCCACAGCACGGGCUGCUUCUCCGGGGGCUGGACCGACGACGACUUCAUGACGCAAAUGCAGAUGUACGGCCUCAGCAGCCCGACGGCGUGCAACACGUGCGGCUUCAGCGAGGACGUGUCGGAACUCGGCCCCCUCGACUGCAUGGACUGCGCCGAGAGCGGCGCCAUCCUCGUCGUCGGCUUCUCCGACUGCACGGGCAUGUGCGUCGACGAGAUGACCAUGGAGAUCGCGACGACGAUGAUCGGCUUCGGCGGCAUCGACGACUCCGCGUGCGUGCCCUACGCCGCCUGCUACGACGGCGACAGCCCCGUGCUCUCCGCGGCGACGGGCGGCACGAACACCUUCUUCCUCGACGGCGGCUACGCGCACGAGGCGGACGACCACGAGGGCCGCGAGCACGGCGAGGACGACGACCACCACGCCGAGGACGACGACGCGCUCAUGGCGGCGAGCAUGGCCGCGGUGGAGUGCAUGGCCUCGAACUGCCCGACCUUCGACGACUUCGACUACUACUCGUACUCGUACGACUCGGACGACAACUACUUCGACGGCACCUGCGCGUCCGUGAGCGACAUCGUCGAAUUCGCCUACCAGUGCACCAUGGGCGACGACUCCUGCUCCGCCUGCGCCGACCUGAUUCGCACGUACGUCGAAGACAUGUAUGAGUACAUCCUCACGGGAAUUGGGCUCGACUGCGACCUCUCCUGCCCGGCCGUGGGCGUCACGAACGUCGUCACGGGCGACCUCACCGUCGAGGGCAUGACCCUCGCGGACGCCGAGGCCAACGAGGCCGUCUUCAUCGGGGCGAUCGCCGACUCCGUCGGCGUCCAGGACGAGUACGUCACCGUGACCAUCUCCGCCGCGUCCCGCCGCCGCCGCCUGACGGACACGCUCACCGUCGCCUACACCAUCGAGACGCCCACGCUCGAAAUGGCCGAAGAAGCCGCCGCGGAGCUCGGCGCGAUGAGCGCCUCCGAGAUCGACGCCGCCUUCCAGGCCGAGGCCGCGGACCAGGGCGUGUCGUCGGAAUUCGCGUCCGUCCAGACGACGGCCGCGUCCACGCCCACGGCCAGCACCGAGGGCGAGGCCCUCGACGGCGCGUCCGCGGCCUCCGCGUUCGGCGUCGUGCUCUCCGCCGCCGUGGGCCUCGCCGCGCUCGCCUGA